GAACACACACUGUACCUACCUUUCCCAUUUCUUCCCCUUCCCGUCGCUGCCGCCUCCCGGUUAUCCGCGCCGCCAUUAGCCGCACAAAGAAAGAAGAAACAGUCGAUUCCGUUAAGAACCGGCUCGAAAAUUGCCACCUUCUAGCUGGAAUCAGAUUCAAGGGCUUCACCGUAAAGCAGUUCCAAGAACUCCGCCGCUUGCUCCCUGACUCGGUCCACCUCCUCGUUGCCAAGAACACGCUCGUUGGAAAGGCUAUCGAGGGCACUCAGUGGGAGCUGCUUAGGCCCUGCAUGAAGGGGAUGAACGCCUGGCUCUUCGUGCACACAGAGGAGAUACCUGAAGCUCUCAAACCGUACCGAAGCUUUCAGAGGGAGAAGAAGCUCGAGGAGAAUGAUUUCGUGGGUGGAGUGUUUGAGGGGAAGUUUUAUGGGCCCGAGGAAUUUAGGUUUUUGGAGACGAUGCCGAGCAGGGCGGAGAUCUAUGCCAAGCUACUUGGGUCACUGCAGUCGCCGUCGAUUGGGAUUAUUGGGACGCUGCAGGCUCCAGCGAGGGAGCUUGUGAUGGUGCUUAAGGCGUAUGUGCAGAAGCUCGAGGAGGAAAGUAAUGGUGUCGCCUCCAAUGCGUAGGUUUGUGUUAAAAGUGCUGCUCGAGCUUAUGUAAUUGCUGCUGUAUUUUCUUUUUGUUGGCUGAAUAUUUUUGUUUUCUGAGCGGAAUUGAAUGUAACUAGAACGUCAUAAUCUAAAAGAAAAAAAGAUUUUUUUUGUCUAAUUGA